AGCGCUGUGAUUUUAAUUGAAUUAUGUUGUAAAACGGACCAACUGGAGAGUUUGUUCAAUAACUAUAGAGAACCGCAAACUGCUAGUCUGAUUUUAGAAGUGAAGUAAAAGACGAGAGUGAAGAACAAUGAAAUUAUACAUUAAAUAGUACAAAUAAACGCGUUACGGACAAGAACAAUAAUUAAGAAUCAAGGCAAAAACAGUCAAAAAAAGGUGAAGGUUGAAUUUAUAGAUUAAGUUAUUACAAGUUUAACUGGUACAAACAUGUAUUACAUUACAUUGUAUGGAUUGUGCCUUCUGUGUCGAUGCAGGUUUACUCGUGCCAUUAAUGUAAUUGUUCACAAGGUGGGAGUGUUUAGCAAGAGAUCCGUGAUGGUGAUAUUCUGCUAAAUAGUUCAAACACAAUUUAACCCACAGCAUGCGCAUCUCAACAUUAUCCUACUUUAUGAUACAGAAUAAGAAAAAAAGAUACAUUUUUUUGCUUUAUAACUUCUUUAUAAAGCAGUAUAUGAUGACCCAAACAUACAGGACCUUUAUUAUAGAAUUCAGAGAAAGUGGCAGAUGGCAACAGUUUCCUAGGUAGGAUUAGUUAAUAAAAUAUUUAGUGUGAGGCUUAGCAUAUGUGCAUUUGCAUGCAGAUUUCAGAUAUCUAUAAAGUAACUUUUGACUAGUAAGAAUUACUAAGAACGAUAUUAAAAGAGGUCAUUUACAUGAUUAGUGCAGAUCUGAAGAGUUUUUAUUUAAAUGUAUAUCUGAAGGGAAAUUACUUCAUAAAAGUUUUGAUGGCAUCUUCUUUUCACUUUCCUCAGUUUGAUGCCUAAUAAAGUAGUGUUUAUAAGUGCAGUGCCCAGGUGAAAAAAAGUACAUAUUCUAUAAUGGAUUUUAAGGUGCCAUAGAAUUGAAAAUUGUAUUUACCUUGGCAUAGUUGAAUAAUAAGAGUUCUGUACAUGGUAAUGACAUACAGUGAGUCUCAAACACCAUUGUUUCCUCCUUCAUGUGUAAAUCUCGUGCGUGCAAAAGACCACGGAACAAAGGGCGAAUCCCAACAUAACACCGACUGUUACGUAACAGUCGGGAUCAUUAUUAUUUACGCCCCCAAAAUUUGCAUAUACUAGCCCAUGUUCUAGGCAGGCAAGGCAGUGUUAACAUCGUGGAGCUGCACAGCCGAAUCAUCAGACGUUCUGCAGGUAUUGUGAAGCAAGCAAGGAAGCAUGCAAGGACAAUAGCGAAAAUGGCAGAUGGAUCUAUAAUAACUGUUCAUGAUCCAUGAGAUGUGGUCCUGUGGGUGUCAGUAUCACACAGUGAUCACAGUUCAUACCUGCAGUGAAGCUCCUCCCACAACAAUUCACCAAUAAAUACUGGGAAUAUUCACAUCAUCCUACAAGAGAAGGACAAACUCCAGGUGUAGCAGCUGAAAUCUGUGUGACUGUUAAAGAUGGAGUUUAUUAAAGAGGAGAUUGAAGACACGAGUAUUUCAGAACCCUCCAGAAUAAAACAUGAAGAUACUGAGGAACAAAUAGACUGGAUGGAGAUGAAACCACAAAAACAUGAACUGAAUGAAGAAGUCGAGGAAAAGCAGAGCAUCAAAACCCAAAGAACAAAAGAUAAUAAGCCGCACACCUGCUCUCAGUGUGGAAAGAGUUUCAAUCGCAAAGAAAACCUAAAGACACACAUGAGAGUUCACACUGGAGAAAAACCGUAUACAUGCACUCAGUGUGGAAAGAGUUUUUAUCAAGCAUCAAGUCUCAGUAAUCAUCUGCAGGUUCACUCUGGAGAAAAACAGUGCAAUCAGUGUGGUAAAGAUUUUCAUUCAUCACCACACCUAAAACAACACCUAAAAGUUCAUUCAGAUGAGAGGCCUUCUGUAUGUUCUUUCUAUGGAAAGAGUUUUUCAGGGCUUUAUAGUUUUAAACAGCACCAGAAAAUACAUAAUGAAGUGAAAGAUCAUGUGUGUUUUGAAUGUGGAAAGAGCUUUACUAGAGCUGACUGUCUGAAACUGCACCAAAGAAUUCAUACUGGAGAAAAACCUUACAAGUGCUCAUAUUGUGACAAGAGUUUCACUGAUUCAGGAUCCCUGAAAUCUCAUGAGCGAGUUCAUACUGGAGAGAAGCCGUACCACUGUACUCAGUGUGGAAAGAGUUUUACUCAUACAUCAGCCCUCAGAAUUCAUCUGCGCAUUCACUCUGGAGAAAAGCCAUUUAACUGUGAUCAGUGUGAUAAAAAGUUUAUUUCAUCAUCACAUUUAAAAAAACACCUAAACAUUCAUUUAGAUGAGAGACCUUAUGUGUGUUCUCUAUGUGGAAAGGGUUUUUCAUGGCUGAACAAUUUUCAAAAGCACCAGAAAACACAUAAUGAAGUGAGAGAUCAUGUGUGUUGUGACUGUGGGAAGAGCUUUACUAGAGCUGACUGUCUGAAACGGCACCAAAGAAUUCAUACUGGAGAAAAACCUUACAAGUGCUCAUAUUGUGACAAGAGUUUCACUGAUUUAGGAUCCCUGAAAUCACAUGAGCGAGUUCAUACUGGAGAGAAGCCGUACCACUGUACUCAGUGUGGGAAAAGUUUUUCUCGUACAUCAGAUCUCAGACAUCAUCAGCGCAUUCACUCUGGAGAAAAGCCAUUUAACUGUGAUCAGUGUGAUAGAAAGUUUAUUUCAUCAUCACAUUUAAAAAAACACCUAAAUGUUCAUUUAGAUGAGAAGCCUUAUGUGUGUUCUCUCUGUGGAAAGGGUUUUUCAUGGCUGAACAAUUUUCAACAGCACCAGAAAACACAUAAUGAAGUGAAAGAUCAUGUGUGUUGUUAUUGUGGGAAGAGCUUUAAUAGAGCUGGCAAUCUGAAACAGCACCAAAGAAUUCAUACUGGAGAAAAACCUUACAAGUGCUCAUAUUGUGACAAGAGUUUCAAUCAUUCUGGAUCCCUGAAAUCACAUGAGCGAGUUCAUACUGUAGAGAAGCCGCACCACUGUACUUAAUGCACUCGUGUGAAAAUAUGUUGCAAGUGAGCAACAUUUGUUUUCAUAUUAAAUGCAAUCAAGUAAAUAGUGUGAGAUAAAAUUUGGAGUUUGUCCUAAAAGCACACUAUCUUUUUGCCAUAUUGGUAUAAAAAAAAAAAAAUACUUGGGAAAACUUUUAAGACUUAAAAGUUAAAGCUUUACCAGUCCACAACUCUAUAAAGCCAUUGUUGUGGUUUAUUUCUGUUAGGAUGGAUUGUGUGUAAAUAGGUCUUUCUUGAAUUGGAUAACUAAAUUGUGUACUAAAUUGUCUUCUGAUAGUACUUAUAAUUUGAGAAAUAAAACAGAAACAACA